AUGACCGAAGUAGUCAACAAAACCACGGCGUCUGCGGUGGUGGCAGGGAAGCCAGCCGAACCCCGCGCAGUGGUCGCAUCCGCGGCGGCCCGGGCCCGCAAUGGAUACUCCCUUCGGCGCUGGCCGGGCCAAGGCGAUAGAGAAGAACCUUGGACGGCGUGUGGUGGGGCAGUGUCCGAGACUAGCAGCGGUGGCGAGGUCUUCGAUGUUGCCCGGUCGGAGUAG